AAUGCAGCCAUCACCUGCGUCAAAUCCUGAUCUUGAAGCAAGGCAAGCAGCGCAGUUUGGAGAUGUUAAUAAGUUAUUGAGUUUAUUGGAUUCAUGUUCUGUCUCCCCAAAUUCGGUCGAUCAAGAUGAUUGUUCACUCCUCCAUUGGGCUGCAAUAAAUAAUAGAAUAGAGGCUGCUAAACUUUUAUUACAACGAGGUGCUAAUGUAAACGCCGUUGGAGGUGUUCUAGCUUCAACACCUUUACAUUGGGCAGCUAGACAUGGACACGCUAGAAUGGUUGCAGUUUUGGUGAGGAAUGGCGCCGAUUGGACUAUUCGUGAUGUUGAAGGUUUCACUGCUUUACAUGUAGCUGUCCAAUUUGGUUGUAUUCCUGUUGCUGCUUACCUUAUAGCAAUGGGGCAGUCUCCUGAUGAAUUGGAUACAACAAGAAUGACACCAUCUAUAUGGGCAGCUUAUAAAGCAUGUAGUAAAGAUUCAUUAAGAAUGCUUGCAAAAUUGGGGGCUGAUCUGGAAAAAACUGAUUCUACUUAUAGAAAUUCACCUCUUCAUUGGGCUGUUGCUCAAGGCAAUCAUAUGGCAGUUAGUACACUCAUUAAAUUAAAUGUUAAUUUAUCUCAAUUAAACAAAGAAAAUGAAACUCCAUUGGACAUUGCAAGGAGGAGGGGCGACCUCCUUUCUGUUCGUUUAAUUGAAAUGGCAGCUCGUGAACAAGGCUUAAUUCCUUCAAAGUGCAGACAAAAAUUGCGUGAUAAUAUGAAUAUUCGUCGUUCGGUUAUCUUUUCUCUGCCAUUUUUCGCCAUUUUUCUCGGUUCUUUAAUUGCCAGUUGUUCACUUUCUACCAUUACAAAAUUAGAAUUCUCUUUUUGUUUGACAGCAUUUAUUUUAUUUUUAUUCAGAUAUUUCUCAAAAGAUCGUCAAGAAUAUUCUCUCAGAAUUUUACUUUUUGGAUUGGCAAUUUCUUCAAAAUUUUAUAUGAUUUUUGCUUGGCUAAUGUUUAUUCACUCUGUUGUUGCUUGGCAUAUGCAAAUUGCUUUUCUUUUCUUUCUUGUUUUAGUUCCUUACUUAACUCAUCAAAUAGUCACUUCUGAUCCCGGUUUUGUUGUUGUAACGCAUAAGGAACGUUGUCAAAUGAUUAUUUCAAUGACUGAAGAAGUCCUUUGGGACGGCAAUUUUUGUCCAACUUGUUUAAUAGCUCGUCCAAUACGUUCUAAACAUUGCGCAGUUUGUGAUAAAUGUGUUCUUCGAUUUGAUCAUCAUUGUCCUUGGUUUUUUAAAUUAAAAAAAUUUUUUUUGUAA